CUGCGACGGGAUGCCUUCUUGUUCGCGCACUGUCACCCGGCACCAGGCUACAUCGCGUUCACUUGGAAACGGACACUCUCAGAACAAGAUGUUUUCGUUUUCAGUACCGUCGUUUACCGUCCUGAUUCAUAUACAAAGGCACGCCCAUUGUUUUUUGGAUACCUCAUCAACAUCCAAUGAAAGCCUUACAUAAUCCAACGAACUUUUAUUAUGUCAUAGGUUUCAAGAAUAUUUAGUUAUUUCAAGGAGACGUGAAUGAAGAAAUGCUAAUUGAGAUGGACGCCAUAUUUCAAGGGACAUUUAUCGUCUCUAUAAACAUAAAAAGGCAUAUUACAAAUAAGGGACUCAAUUUUUUGCGGCUCCCCAUUUGUACGGCCCCUGAUUCAGCUUUCUAAUGUUUAUGAGUGAUUACAAAAUGCCUUGCGCUUAUCAGGGGCGUCACAAUAUCCUUUCUCAAGCGGGCGUUUGAUACCAAAUUUACCUGAAAUACGAAAAUCUUGGUUGAAUUAUAUGUAUGCAGAGGGUGUCCUGCCCCCAUAUCCCUUUCAGGUAUGUUUGCCUCCUUCUGCAGAGCCCUAUGGAUUCAAGUUGCUAAACAACAUAUCUUAUUUGACAGCAGGGCCGGCAAGACCGGUGGCUGCGAGACCUUCCCUUCGCUUUAGAGCAAAAUAAUUUGUUUUAAAGAAAAUCUGCAAAAAUGUAGUCAACCAUCUUAUACGUUUGCGUGCUUAGUAUUCUCUUAAAAAAAUGUCUUUACCUAAGCUUGGCUAGUAGGUUUUUACAGGAGAAGACAUAAAGAGCAUUGGAUAUGGGAAUUUGAUCGAAGGAAUAGGCAGUUUUCCAAGUUGUACAAUGCAUAUAUUUGGCAAUUGAUCGAAUAACUUGAUCCAGAAUAAACUUGAUGCUAAAAAAAGUAGUUCGGUUUUUUCUGGGGCCAAAACCUGACUCAUAAGGUCUACUAACAAACAAACUCUCAAAUGGUUACAAAAAAUGAAAAAUCAGCUGUCGAAGGAAAAGAAACUGCUUGAAAAUUUUUGAGAAUAUAAGAAGUGAAGAAUCGGCAGCUGGAGCAAAUUUCAAGGGCAAGGAUUGGGGGAGUUGUUACUGAUAACUGGAUUUUGGUGUCACGCCUUUCAGGUAACUGGUGUGCGAAUGGUACUUUUAAAAUUCAGCUUUUCAAAUCAGAUAAAAAACAGAGUAGAUUUAUGUAUCAUUUCAAUGCUGAUUUACGAAAAAUCCUUUCUCUUGAAUCGAAGCAACAUUGUCUCUUCUUUUCCUUCAGCCAAAAUCUAUUUUAGAUGCAGUUUCUGGCCAUCCCCAGAGUCCUAUUUUUCUAAACUUUGCCUUCCCGCCAACUAAGGACUAAGGUAGCGCCAUUUACUAAACCCUUUCACAAAUUUCGUAACCUAAAUUUUUGGCCCUUACCCUUUCAUAUAAGCUUUGCCGGCCCUGAACAGGGCUUUUUGGCACAUUUCUAAAAACACCUGUAGAAGGUUAGUCUGCUUUGCAUUUUUGCAUGCAGAUGAAUUUUUGAUAUGAAACUGAACUGAACAUAAUUAGAUUACACCCCUCUAAAAAGUUUGCGAUCAGUUUUAACCGUAUCCAAAACUCGUACAAAGAGUACGGGCGGAUAUAGAGAGAAAUUUAUUUCAUUUUCACUACACUCUUUUGUGUAAGAACCAGUAAAUUUACUUUCAGGCUGACUGUUCUUAAUUUUUUCGAAAAUCUUAGCCUGGAAUGUUCUUAUUUGUUCUUAAAUUAAUAGGAUGUAAGCAGUGUGAUUGCUAGCUUUUUCGCUCUAGGGAGGUGUUCAGACCUUAAUUUGCUGAUAAAUUUGAAUAUUCACCGAAAUUCAAAGUCCUCGAAUUUGAUAUAAAACAUUGUUCAAAAUUGCAUUUUACAGUAGCUCAGCUCUUACUGAAUUUUUCUUUAACUUUUGAGCAAUUUUGAUGCUCGUGUUCUUAUAAAAAUCGUUCUAACAGAGAAAGAGUGUAACAGAUUUCUGGCAUAUUCUAGGAUUCCAAACCUUCAAAAGAAUGACUUAUUAAUAGCAUGAGACACCAUUUGUUUUCAUGGCUGUCUGUGGACUGGGCGCUAACAAUUGUUCGGUAAAAAGAAUAAAGGCAAGUGGGCGGUAUCUUCGAUCGAGGAAGGUUUGACCGUGUUAUUCUAGGGGUUUUUUGUCAGUAGCACACAUCGUGAAAAUCAGACAUCUUAGUUAAUCGUUUAAAGAUUGAAUGUCAUUCUGUUUGGAAAUCACAGAAGAGUAUCGUGCUAACAACGAAAAUGGGUCGAUCGGUUUUGGAAAUUAUAUUGUUCUGCACACUUGCCGCACUUCAUGGGAAACUCUCAGUUGAUGGACAGUCAUUCAAUCCUGCUGCUGGAACUUUUGUUGAUAAGUUUGGGAACAAAUCUCAGAGCAUCGAGGUUACUUGGACAUACAACAUUAGCAGUCUUGAGGGUGGCAGAAUUUUAUGUGGCUUUCUAUCAGAUUUUGUGAUAAAAAAGGAAGGUACUGCUGCAGCUUCUUUGGCUCCAGAAUUUCAAGGCAGAGCUUCAGCAAUUGAUGAUCCUGGGCAAAGAAAAAUUGGAUUCCAGCUUCGUAAUUUUGAUUUCGGCGACGCAAAAGAUGUUCUUUGCACAUAUUUUGCAUCAGAUUCUACCCCUUAUUACAGUGGAUUUUACAAGCUAAAAAUAUGUGAUGGACAGUCAUUCAAUCCUGCUGCUGGAACUUUUGUUGAUAAGUUUGGGAACAAAUCUCAGAGCAUCGAGGUUACUUGGACAUACGACAUUAGCAGUCUUGAGAGUGGCAGUAUUUUAUGUGGCUUUCAAUCAGAUUAUGUGGUCAGAAAGAAAGGUACUGCUGCAGCUUCUUUGGUUCCAAAAUACCAAGGCAGAGCUUCAGCAAUUGAUGAUCCUGGGCAAAGAAAAAUUGGAUUCCAGCUUCGUAAUAUUGAUUUCGGCGACGCAAAAGAUGUUCUUUGCACAUUUUUGGCAUCAGAUCUUACCCCUACUUACAGUGGAAUUUACAAGAUAAAAAUAUAUGAGGUACCAGAGUUCCGAAACUGCUUGACUGAAGGAACAACAUCCACUACUGGUCAAACUAUUUUUGCUCUGCAAGAAGGCCAGACUUUAAACUCAACUUGCUAUGUUUAUGGCAACCCUAUUCCAAAGCUGACAUGUGGCACCUACGAUGAUAAAAAUAAUCAAGUUGGGCAAAAUGCUGAGGUAACCGGGAAUUUUACAAACCUCCCAAUAAGCAGUCGUUUGCGUUUUUUCAAUGUUCGAAGAGGGGUGACCAAAGUAAGAUGUGUUGCUGAUGGAGGUCCUACAGGAAAGAAGUCAAUGGAAGUAAAUGUUCAAGUUGAUCACGUCGCAACUGCUCCAGUGGAAGUACGAUUGAUUGAAUCAACUUAUACAUCUAUAAGAAUCGGAUGGAAAAAACCUGCGAGUCCGGGCUAUUCAGCAAUAACCGAUUAUCUCUUUGAGUUGUAUCACCCAAAUAAUACAGAGACAGUGCGAAAUAUGACCGUGACAGGCGGAAACCCGACGCUUGAAUACACUUUCCUUUAUUUGAAUCGCGACCAAGAAUAUAGAAUUCGUAUCUCUGCAUACAACGCUGUUGGCAGAGGGGCAUACGCUGAACAAUCGUACAGGACGGUCCCGAAAAAACCAGAAGUUGGUGGAAGAUCUGGAGAUUCUAUGAGCGAUGGAACUAUUGUUGGAAUCGUCUUUGGUGUCAUUGCUGCCAUUGUUCUUAUUAUCAUCAUUGUUUUCUUUGUGCUGAAAAAGAGGCAAGAAAAACAAAAGUACCCGAAAAGCUAUGUCGAGGAGGCUGUUGACUACCCAGCCAUGGAUAACGCAAUGUAUUCACGUGUUAAUAAGAAGAAACCAAUGGAGGUUGGUGUGAACGAAUCCACUUCUGGCUAUCCAGACAUCAUUCACCAGGCAAAACCAGUAAGGGCUGAAGAAGGAGCAAUGCUGCCAAGCCAGGAUCACCCGCAGAAAAACGCGGUUGAGAAGUCCAGAAAGGAGUACGUGUAAUUCAAGGAGUUAUGCGCCAUCACAUCGGCAGUUGAUGCACGUCAUGCUUGAACAGAAUUCAGCAGCUUUGCUUUGAGAUUUUUGAAAACUUUGUUAAAGGAGAUUCGCAGUUUACCUUACUGCUCUCAAUUCAUCGUGGUUGGAACUCGCCUAGACAAGAAACAUUGUUUUUGGUAUCAACAAGUUUUGACUUCUAUUUCUUACGAUUUAUUUUAUUCCUUUUGUCAGCAUUUUAGCUGUUGAUAGAUUUGUUUUAAUUGUUAAUCAGUUGAAUAAGGGAGGUAUCGCAACGUGAACAGGCAGUAUACGAUUUUUGAAUCACAUUAUUUUUGUGUUUGAUUAAUUAAAUUGUUAUCGUUUGCUGGAAAUUGGGAAAAGAAUAAGAGUGGGCGACGUAAUUGGAACUGACAAGAUAUAGUAUCUUGCUAGUUCAAGGCUACAUAUGCUUCCCGUUGAGAUGCUUAUUGGGAUAACUUGAUCGUGUCUGCUUUAGAGCUGUUCAUUUUUUGCAAUUUCGCUAGAGGAAUUUCUACUCCUGUUCCAGUGGAUUAUUAACCUUUUUCAAUUGCUCGCCCUGGAAAUGCACUUGGUGCGACAGAUUUCCGGAACUGUUUUCUCAGUUUCCCAAACCGCUAUAAUCUUGUUCGCUUUCCUUCAAUUCUCAGCUUGGGCAAGCAUUUGUACCUGUUCCAGGACUUUAAAACCGCGAUUAUUUGUAACAGCAUUCUCAUUAGACCGAUGUCCAAUCAGAAUUUCUGAUUUUUGCAGAAAGGAUAUGAACACCUCACUAGCUUGUUGCUUUUUGCAGGACCUGGACGUUUUGAUAUAAAGAAAUACGUUUUUUUCUAGGAAUAGUGCAUCAUUUAGAUUUUUAGACCAUUUAUUAAUCAUAACCUUGCUUGUUAUUUUAAUCAAUAUUAUUUGCACUUUUCUUUGCUCCGUAUUUAUCAAGUGAGAAACCUAAUAUUUACAAGUUAUUUAAUAGCAUUUGCUAUUGACAUCUUCAUCUUUAUGACGCAUUUGACGAUGGGCUCGCCCAGUUGGCUGACAAACACUUUGCAACUAAAAGACUGCUCUUUGUGAGGACCACACUUGCAACAUCUUUUACUGGAUGUCUAUAUCACUAGCGAAUCAUUCAUAAUAACAACAGUACCUUCCAAUAACAACAGAAGACUCUGUGCCAUUUUUCAUACACCCGUAGUAUCUUUCGCACAGCGACGAGCUCUAGCAGCGUCAUUGAUUCCUCAUCUUAUUUAGAAAAUACGUAAAUCAAGAUUUGGCCCUUCAAUCACAAUUGUCUGCGAAUCUUUAGUCAUUUUCUAGUUUCCCAAAACUUGAUUCCAAAGCGAUUGCCCUUUCAAAGUCCAUGACAAGUUUAGGAUUCGUCACCUUGAGUAUUUUCCAUUAAAACGUUGUUGUUGUCUCGUGACAAGCUAAAAAUAGAUUUAUCAGACGUAAAUACCUUAGUUAAUCAGUAGUCUGGAAACUGUUAUGUGAUGGGAAAUUUCCAGUUUUUGGGUAAUGAAGGUUUUGGAGAUUAGUUUUGCCUGUCGUAAGUUUCUUGUAGCAAUCAAUUAACGUUUGUUAUUGAAAGUAAGAAUUUCAUUAAGGACACAUUUGUAAAUGUACGUAUUUAACUACCACGGAACAUAUUGAUCAGUAUUUUCAACAA